AUGGCUGAGAAGACUGAGGAAAAGAAAGCACCAAGCUCUUUAGAGAACCUGACGUGUCCACUAUGUCUCGAUAUCUUCGAUGAGGCAACCAUCCUGAGUUCAUGCGGACACACCUUCUGUCGGAAAUGUCUCAAGAACUAUGACCUUUCCCACCAGGACCUUGAUCACAUGAUCUGUCCUCUCUGCAGGAAGAUCACCAAGUUGUCUGUGAACCGUGUCGAUGAUUUCCUCACCAAUGUGACUGUCAACGGACUUGUAGACAAUUACCAUGUCGAGUGUGGAGGGGAUAUCAUCAGCGGGAAGGUCAGCAUUGGUCAUCUUUCUGAGAAGUGCUGCAUCCACAAACAAGAGAACAAAGAUAUGUUUUGUGAGGAUUGUAAGGUCCACGUCUGUUUCAAGUGCGUGAUCGUCGGUCAUCAAAUUCACAAUAUUAAGAAUCAGGCUGACGUCGAGCAGCAGUUACGUCUUAAGGUGAACGGCCUUGUCCAGAGAUGUGCCGCUAAGAAGACAGAACUGGAGAAGAACAUUCACAAUGUUGAAGUACAACGCCAUGAAGUAUACACUGCCGUGCAGAAACUACUGGACGAUGUUAGUCAAGCCUACAGCAUCAAGGCCAAAGAGCUUGAAGAAAAUCAUCGAAAUCUCAUCGAGCAUAUCAAUGCAGUAAAGCGGAGUUUCGAUGACGAACUCAACGUCUUGAAAUCCAAGGAUCGACAAAGGAUCAAGAUUAUAUGUAGUUCAAAAACACUGGUAGCUAAUGACAGACUGGGUCGUCUUGAGACUGACAGUCUGUCUGCUCAUACCUUGCUCUGUGAGGAGCUGGAUGCCAUGCUGAAGGAGGCUACUGAUCACACUUCUGCGGCAGCCAUUACGAAGAAAGCACAGGAGAAGAGGUUCAAGCCUGCAUAUGACACUCGUCUCGACCUCGGGUGCAUCUCAGAAUCAGAUCCAAAGUUGCAAGUCAUUCAGUUUGUAGAUCUUCAGAAACAUAUGUCGGGUAUUACCCAGUACUCCGAUGACAGUGUAGCUAUCGGAUAUUGGGAUACACCUGGUAUAGAUAUCAUUGAUUCGGCUGGUACAAAGGGGCAGUAUCCAAAUAUACCAGAGAACAUGAAGUGUUAUGACGUUGUGUUUCAACAAGACAGAUCAUUAUGCAUAUCGACGAGUUCAACAGAAGCACACAUAUAUUCUCCCAAUGGAUCCAGGAAAUCAACCAUCCACCUGAAUAACGCUAUUAAAUACAAUCUUAACUUAAACAGAAGUCCAUCAGAUGAGAUCCUCAUUGCUAACGGUGAGAAUAAAGUCUACAUCUAUGACCCGACUGGAUCCACUCUCAAACACACUGCUCCAACAAAACAUAACGAGACCAGCCAGGUAUCUGCCACCAGGUCGGGUUUGAUCGUCACGAGCUGUUGCAGCAAUCCAAGCGUGGUGACGGUCUAUGACAGGGGUGGGAAUGCUGGUAAGUCUCUACAAGCCCCGAGCGAUGUCAACCUGUAUGCUGCCGUGGAUGAGCAGGACAGGGUGUAUGUAGCGAGUGUUAAUUAUCAAAAUGGUAACGUGGUGAUCAGGCUCUAUGAACUUGAUGGUCUGAACCUGAAGGAAAGAGUUGAAUACAAUGUACUUAAUCUGACGCUUGGAGAUAAUUGGUGUUACUUGGUUCCCCUCUCUCCAGACAUGCUCGCAUUUGCUUCUAACAAGAAGUUGUAUUUCAUUAAAGUAUCAUCGUAA